CGGAAUUAUUGUAUUAAGUAUUAUCAGUAUUAAAAAAUAUUUUUAUUCUGACGAGUCUGAUUAUUAUUGAAUAAGUGAUUCCGGGAUUAGACUCUAAAGUACCAGCUUUCAUUUGAAUCUUUGCCAUUGUCAUGGACGUAAAAAUAAUUAUUUUCUUUUGCUUGACAUGUGUUGGAAUAAUAAACGCGCAAGGCUCGUUUAAAAGUGGAUACUGUCCACUGCAAAACCGAGUAACGAGAUGCAUGCCGACUUGUAUGAGUGACUACCAAUGUGGAUUUAAUGAAAAAUGCUGUCCCAAUAAAUGUAAUUCAAAGUCUUGUACAUCACCGAGUCCAGUGGGAACUGGUUACGAUGGGGGAUACAAAGGCUCUGGAGGUAAUGACGUCAAUUGCGGGGGAAGUACGUGCAAUCGAUAUCAAAAAUGCGAAUUUAAUCGCUCUACCAAACGUUACGAAUGCGUUCGCACAUAAAAUUAUUUUUAGAUUUAUCAAUAAAACCUGAAUUUUAUAAAUAAUCCGUUGUCAAGAUUUAAUUAAUUAUUUUUAGAUGAAUAACUUCAAUGUAGAAAUGAAAUGAUGUUUUAAUAAAAUAAUAAAGCAAACCAUAGGAAUAAUAAAAUGUUAAAUUUAUCUUUGAAAUUGAAUUGUGAUUCAAGAUUUUCAUUGGGUUCUAUGAAAAUACUAAAUUUCCGAGUAAUUCUAACAGAAAGUGAAUGGGAAUCAAUCGGAAAUUUGGUAUUUUUAUAAGAUUGAAUAAGCUUUUGUUAAAAGGAGAUUUAUAAAAUUAGUUUUGAUGAAAAAUCUGAUUGAAUGUGACGUAAAACUUAAAAAUUUAAAAUUUUCCAAACAUUCAAAAAAAUUAUUCGGCCUGAAAAGUGGAACUUACGACUCGCGUUGAAUUUUUGAAGCAGAAUUUGCGAUAUCGCACCUAAAAAUUAAUAAUUGUUGAAUUUGAAAAUAAGUUUCCCUUUUUUUACGAUAAAAUUUUGCAUGGCAAUUAAUUUCCUAAAUCCCUUUUUUGAAAAU